ACUAUGCACAUCUAGAAAGCUUAAAACGCGUGAACUUUUCUUUAAAAGAUUGUUUUGCUUAUUCGUAAUUUUAUAGUAAUUUUUUUUUAAUUUAAUAUUUUAGUUUAAUGUUCGCUUCUUUAACGAAGAUAUUUCCGACAAUGUUUUUCGAGAGCAGUAUCGAGUCCCAAGACCGGUGUUAGAUUUUUUAGAAAUAAAACUCAAAAAUGAUUUGCAGCGUUAUUCAAGGCGAAAUCAAAGCAUUUCAGUACGUCACCAAAUUAUGAUAUUUCUUCAUUUUUUUGGCACAAAUGUUUUUUUUCAUGUUCUCAGAUACUGCCAUGAAAUUUCUACCAACACAAUUUAUCGUAUUAUUCACAGGGUCAAAGGAGCCAUUUUUAAUAUUCGACAAGAGAUCAUAAAAUGGCCCAAUGAUUGCGCAACUCUUCCACAAAAGUUUAUGGAAAUUGGAGGUUUUCCUUGCGUAUGUGGUGUUCUAGAUGGCUCUCAUAUAAUCCUAUCUAACCCUCCUAACGAUAACGAAGAUUCUUUAAUUAAUCGCCAACAUGUUCAUAGCAUAAAUGCAAUUGCAGUAAGUGGACCCGACACAUACAUAUACUAUGCUUCGACGAACAGUCCAGGAAGAUGGCAUGAUGCACAUGUUAUAAAAAAUUCUAAUCUUUGGAACAAAUUCGAAAAUGGAGAGCUUCCUUUUAAUGGUGCUGUGAUUUUGGCGGACUCAGCUAAUUCCACCUUUUCCCGGUGAUCCAGACAGUGCACAAAAACGUUUCAACAUUGCGCAUAGGAAAACCAAAAGCAUAAUUGAGCGUUGUUUUGGUAUUGUCAAAAACAGGUUCUAUGCUUUGAAAACAGGAAUUCGCUUGCAUAAGGUUGAAGAUGCCUCUAAGCUCAUUAUGUGUGGAUUUGUUAUCCAUAAUCUAUGUCUUCGAUAUCGAGAUAACGGUAAUGAUUUUGAAAAAGGCGACAAAGAACAAGCUUCUGAAAAUCUAACUCAAGCAGAUCAAAAUGAUGGAGCUUUUAUUAGACGAAAUCAACUUCUUAAUAACUUUACUUAAAAUAAAUGAAUAAAGAAACUUUUAAUAAAGUUAUUACCGUUAUCUCCA